AUGCCUCAAAGCAAAUGGGAGAUUAAAUUGAGGAGGAUGAGUCCGGAGGAGUACGGGAAAGAUGAAACGACCGCCAAGAAACGCCUCGUCGAUGUUGUCCGUCCAGUUGUGGAGAUUCCCCCUGCGAGUGAACUGAUGCCAUCUGCUGAUUUAGGUCAAGAUGCAAUGGUUUCGCUCCAAUCGGGGAGUUCCGGUCUCGUAUUAAUUAAUUUGACACAAGUUGAGAUCUAUAAAGCGCUAAUGUGA